UAAAAUUCACGUUUACCCCCCCCAUAUAUUUAGGACUUUUGUGUAAGAUACUAUUACUGUGGUUAUUAUUUAUUACUUAACAUAAUAGUAAGUGGCCCCAUGUCCUGAAAAGGUGGAAUAAUAACGUCGUGUUGGCUACUUCUCGCCGUCCGGGGCUAACAUUAGCAAACGGGCUCUUGGCCACCACACCGUUUAUGAAUGUUAUUUUUUUUUUUAAAUACUACAAUGGUUUAGAGAGUCCCACAUGCACUGGCUCUGCUGUUAGCCCUAAUAACUAAUUUCGGUUCAUCAUGUCGUCCCACCUGCAGUGGAUGGUGAUCAGGAACUGCUCCAGCUUCCUCCUCAAGAGGAACGGACAGACCUACAGCACUGAGCCCAACAACCUGAAGGCCAGGAACUCGUUCCGCUUCAACGGCCUGGUGCACAAGAAGACGGUGGGCGUGCAGCCGGCGGCUGACGGCAAAGGAGUGGUCGUCGUGCUCAAGAAGCGUGCAGGUCAGAACAAGCCAGCCACUUCUUACAACAAGAUCACCAUCAACAAGAACUCCCGCGCCACUCUCAACAGCCUGAGGCACAUCAUUCGCAAGAACAAAUAUAGGAAGGACCUGUGCAUGGCCUCCCUGCGCCGUGCCAGCGCCAUCCUGAAGAGCCAGAAGCCCGUAGUGGUCAAGAAGAAGCGCACCAGGGCUGCCAAGACCGCAUAAAUGCAGAGCCGGUAUAAUUCAAAAUAAAAGUUUUUUGUUUGGAAAAA